AUGCUCUACGCUCAGGCUAUCUCUGGAUCUAAAGAAGCUGCCCGUUUCUUGACCCCAAAUAAUCUCAAGGCCGCACCAGGCUUCGCUGCGUCAAUCAUGGAGACAAAGCUCAAGACUUACAGCCAGUUCAACCAGACAUAUCCUGGUUUCGGUGGCUUUCUUCCUUGGAUCAAGACUGACACCACGACCAUCUCUCCCCAAGAUGGUUGGGAUGACCGUGUCCCUGGUCUGGACAAUGGAGAGCUCAUCUGGGCUGUCUACGCCUGCAUUGAAGCCCUACAGAAGCAGUCCAACCCCAAGUUCCACAAGAUCGCCGACGGCUGGCAGACAUGGUUCAACUACGUCGCUUCAACUGCCCCCAAGAUCUUCUACAUCGGCGAAGGAAAGGUCUGUGCUGUCACAGCAAUCGGUGACCAGACACUUCCGGUCAAUGACAAGAAGCAAUCUUACAAGUGCGAAUCAGAGACUUAUCUCGAUGACCCUUACGAGGGAGAGCUUUUGACUUACUUCUUCCAAUUCUUCACUGAUUUGUCCAAGAAGGAUAAGCAGACGCUUUGGGAGUACAAGAGAGCUAAGCUGGAGAAGGCUGAGUAUAACAAGGGCGGCGUUGGUCCUAUCACUGUUCGUAAGGGCUUUUGGUUCUCUAGCCAUGAGAUCUGGAACCAGCUUGAGUUGCCAUACCACGACGUCGACAUUGUCAGCCGCCUCUUCAAAAAUGGCGAACGUGCUCGUACUUGUAACUCCAUGGUCACCAAGACCCCGGGCCUCUACGCCUCAGUCAACAACUCUACCGACCCCAAGACCGAUGAGAUCAUCGGCUACAUCUCACCCGCCGGUAUCCCCUCCAUUGCCAGCCAGAAGGAUCAGGAGCUGGAUGUCAUCACUCCCUAUGGCGUCUUCCCCGUUGUAUUGUUCGACAAGGCUGUCGGCAUGGCUUGGUGGAGGAACAUGAUCGUUGGAAAGAAGAUGCAGAAUCCCUAUGGCAGCACAGAGUCGACCCGUGUCGACGGCAAGGGUGUUUCAGCACUUGUGACCUGGGAUAGUAAGGUCACUACCGUGCUCUCCCUCAUGAAUGGUGUUGUGGAUCUUCGUGAGCAUAUUCGGGUGUUUGGUAACAAGCUCAAGGGCGAGGAUAUCGAGUUCUGUCUCCCCAAGAACAAGGUUCCCGACGCAGGGCUCAAGGAUUUCACAUCUUGUCAGAAGUGA